AUGGUGGGAAUGUUUUACGCCCAGUUUGUUUUAUCGAAGAAGGGCUCUCUUGCUAAAAUUUGGCUUGCCGCUCAUUGGGAAAAAAAAUUAUCAAAGGCGCAAAUUUAUGAAACAAAUGUGCAGGAUGCAGUUAAGGAAAUUUUGCAACCAACGGUAAAAAUGGCACUUCGUACCACUGGGCAUUUACUGUUAGGUAUCGUUCGUAUUUAUUCUCGAAAAGCAAAAUAUUUAUUAGCAGAUUGCAAUGAAGCUUUCUUAAAAAUUAAAAUGGCCUUUCGUCCUGGGCAAAUUGAUAUUCCUGAUGAUGAACGUCAAGCGGCAACCAGUGCCAUAAAUUUGCCUGAGGUAUUUCAUGAUUUUGAUGCAGCAUUACCGGAUUUCAAUGAUUUGGAUAUACAGACUCAUAUGCAAGUUAAUCAGAGUCGUAUUGACGAUAUAACUCUGAAAGAAGAUCUUAUUCCAGAAUCGACGGAUAUUCCAUUCGGAGGAGAUUUUGGAGGAGAUGAUUUUGGUGAAAACUCGCUAGCAUUUUUUAAUAAUGUGGAAGAACCUCGUGAUUUAUCCACAUCAGGAAUAGACCGACUUGAAGCAAUAGAAGGCACUGGUACAACACUGGAAGAGACUCAAGGAGGAGAAAAAUUCCAGUCAACUUUCACCGCUAAACCAAUAGACAUCGAUGUUGAAGAACAUUUUGGGAUGCCUGUUCCGGACGAUGAUUUUGGUGAUUUCGGUACAGACCACAUAAUUGAUGAUGACAUUUUUAACGAAAACGAAUUAGCGAAAGGUAUCGAUGCAAUCGAAGCACCUGGAGCAGAGAAAGAAAUCGCUAUGGAAAUUGACGAUAUUGCUGGAACUGGGAUAGUUGGUAUGACUAUUCUUUCUUCAGUUAAAGGAAUUUCUAGUCCACUUGUAAGCGACAGUUUUGCUCUUGAACCAUUAGAUGCUGCUGCUGUAGCAAUGGCAGGUAUGGAAAAAGCUGGCCGCGCUAAAAAGAAGCGAAAAUUAAUAAUUGACGAACAAAAAAAUAUUUCUGGCGAGGAAAUGAAAGCUAACAUGGCUGAUUUUAGAGACACUCUUCAGCCAUUAGAUCUUGCUCCUCCAACAAAGAAGCUCAUGAAAUUAAGAGAAGUGGGCAAUGUUGAAUAUUUGUUUCAUAAUCCUGGUUCUCCAUCUCUCCUAGCUCCUGCUAUUGUAAAGCUGUAUCGUUCCCAUUUGAUGUUGCGAGCACGAAAUGAAGGUGCUAUUACUAGCGACGAAAUUAGGCGAUUGCUUGGCAUGGUUGAUAAUGUUGAAGUUGAAGGCAGCAUCGGAUUUGCGGUUAGUUACAACUAUAGUGACGAUCAUUCGGAUGAUUUUGAUGACAAUGGAGCUGACAUGUUGUCACCUGUAGGUUCUCCUAUAAUUUCGGGCCUAGUACAAGAAGAAGAACCACCGAUGCAAACUGAUGAAAUUCCCCAAACAUCGCCGAAUAAAGAUUCAUUUAUUGUUGAAAAGAAGAAAGAACGAAGAAGUCGUGCAGAUCGUACUGCUGAUGAUGAUGAAGGUGAAACGGAAGAUGAACACCGGUGGACGAAGCGAACUCAAAAUGUCCUUGUCUCUAUCUCAACAAAACUGAAAAGUUCUGUUGAUAACCAGAUUACAUUAUCAGAUCUUCUUACGAAGGGUUCCACGAGGAAAACAGUGGCUCAAAAAUUCUAUACAUUAUUGGUAUUAAAAAAGUGGCAAGCAAUUGAUGUUUGUCAAGAUGCACCUUUUGGUGAAAUCAAAAUAACUGAGGGUCCUUGCAUUGGGCAAUUUUUAUCUUCCUAA